CGCUUACGCACAGUAGUGACGCCACCAUCUCGCGUGAUGAGACUUGCGGCAUCAGGAUUUUCUGUCAGACGGGAGGCGGGGAGCUUGCAGUUGACAGCUCUGCGGGAGGUAGCCGCUGAAUCCUGCAUCGUGAAGAUGAGUAACAGCCACCCUUUGCAUGCCUCCUCCUCCACUAUCGGGGAGAUUAACCACGUACACAUUUUGUCGGAGAAUGUGGGAGCUCUGAUCAACGGCGAGGAGUACAGCGAUGUGACAUUUGUCGUAGAGAAGAAACGUUUUCCUGUGCACAGAGUGAUUCUGGCUGCGAGGUGCCAGUAUUUCCGAGCUCUGUUGUACGGGGGCAUGAGGGAAUCACAGCCUGAGGCAGAAAUAACCUUGGAAGACACUACAUCGGAUGCCUUCUCCAUGCUCAUAAAAUACAUUUACACUGGACGUGCCACCCUGCGAGAUGAGAAGGAAGAGGUGCUCCUUGACUUCCUAAGCUUGGCACAUAAAUAUGGCUUCCCGGAGCUGGAGGACUCCACAUCCGAGUACCUUUGCACCAUCCUCAAGAUUCAGAACGUGUGCAUGAUCUAUGACGUGGCCAGUCUGUACUCUCUGUGCAAACUCACUGGUACCUGCUGCAUGUUCAUGGACCGGAACGCACAGGAAGUUCUUUCCAGCAAUGGCUUCAUGACUCUCUCCAGGGGGGCACUCCUGGACAUUGUACAACGAGAUUCCUUUGCUGCACCUGAGAAGGACAUCUUCCAGGCCCUGAUGCGCUGGUGUAGGCACAACUUAAAGGAGAUCCACAGUGAGAUCAUGGCAGCGGUACGCUUGCCCCUGAUGAGCCUGACGGAGCUGCUGAAUGUAGUCCGCCCCUCUGGGCUGCUCUCCCCAGAUGCCAUCUUGGAUGCCAUAAAAGUGCGCUCAGAAAGCAGGGACAUGGAUCUGAAUUACAGGGGGAUGCUAAUUCCUGAGGAAAAUCUUGCCACCAUGAAGUACGGAGCACAGGUGGUUAAGGGAGAGCUAAGAGCAGCUCUUCUAGAUGGUGACACGCAGAACUACGACCUGGAUCAUGGCUUUUCUCGGCACCCAAUAGAAGAUGACUGUCGCUCUGGGAUCCAAGUGAAACUAGGGCAACCCUCUAUCAUUAAUCACAUCCGCCUGUUGCUCUGGGACCGAGACAGCAGAUCUUACUCUUACUACAUAGAGGUGUCAAUGGAUGAACUGGACUGGAUUCGAGUCGUUGAUCACUCACUGGUUCUAUGCAGGUCGUGGCAGAAGCUUUUUUUCCAAGCUCGAGUUUGCAGGUAUAUCCGAAUUGUUGGGACACACAACACCGUCAACAAGGUUUUCCACCUAGUGGCCUUUGAGUGCCUCUACACCCACAAAAGCUUCACCUUGGAGAAUGGAUUGAUAGUUCCCACAGAGAACGUUGCCACCAUCGCUGAGUGCGCUAGUGUGAUCGAGGGCGUGAGCCGCAGCCGAAAUGCCUUGCUGAAUGGCGAUACAAGGAAUUACGACUGGGAUUCUGGCUACACAUGUCACCAGCUGGGCAGUGGCGCCAUUGUGGUCCAGCUUGCCCAGCCCUUUAUGAUAAACUCCAUAAGGUUGUUAUUAUGGGAUUGUGAUGACCGCAGUUACAGCUACUACAUCGAGGUGUCCACUAACCAGCAGCAAUGGACAAUGGUGGCCGACCGAACAAAGGUCCCGUGCAGAUCGUGGCAGACAAUCACAUUUGACAGGCAGCCAACUUGUUUCAUCAGGAUAGUUGGGACACACAACACGGCCAAUGAGGUUUUCCACUGCGUUCACUUUGAGUGUCCGGCCCAAAAUGUUGCCCACAAAGAGGAGAGCAGUGACGACUCCAUCCCUGGCAACCAGAACCAUUCUGCACAACCUGCAUCAGCCAUUGGCCUGCGGGCAACUAAUUCCAGCUCCUCACAAUCACUGACUGAAUCCAGUGCCCUCAACCCUGGCCAACAGAAGUGAUUGGACCAAACCAGAAUCAAGAAUCCCCAAGCAACACCAUGUUCUCCCCUUUAUGUCCUUUCAUAUUGCGACCACUGGGUCUGUUGUCCCAUCUGCUCAGCUGCUUCCACCCAGGUUCCUGGAAUGACAUCUCUAGAACAUCUGGUCUUGGGUCUUGGGUCUUCCUGAAACGAGUGCCCACCCAUGUUAUGUCCGGAGCAACUAAACUGGGCAGACUGGUACCUCACAACCGAACGCCAUGAUGGCAGCACAUUUUCUUGCCCACCAAAUUAGAAUGAGGGGCUUGUUGUUGAGGAGACGCUUCAGUUUUAUUUUGGUUCUAAGGUCCCUGUGUGACUUGCAGUACCGCUCCUUACCUCAUGAUGGCAGCAGUGCCUUCUACAGGCUGCAAGAGAACAGCGCCACCAUCUGCGAGAGAAUCUUCCAGAAUCUGCAGCCUCCCCACCCCUUUGAUAAAUAGGGGGUUUGUUAUGGGCAUGGCAUGCAAAUUGAUGCAUUGAGAGGACACAUUGCCAACAUGAGUGUCCUUAGUCACAGCUCAUUAGGCACAAGUAGAAGUUUCAGCUCGGUGCCUGUGUUACCCAUAAUACAUUCAAUGGACACAGGUUGCUAUUCUGCGCUACAUGUCACCCCACCUAGUGCUCCAGUUACACCCUAAAUUCAUAUACGGGUACGGUUGUUUGCACUUGCCCAGGGUAUGGAGACCAGUACUUAAAGGGGAACUGCCAUUGCUAUACUGUCCUGCAUAUACUGUAUAGACUUUAUCAUCUUUUCCCAUGAGCUCCUGAACUUGAUAUCCUGCCCCAGACAACUUGUUCACGGUGUGAGCCCCCGACUGACAGCAGGAGCAAUGAGUUGCACCCUUAUUAGAGAAGUAUGUGCCAGUUUUCCAGUAUGUGUGGUUUCUGGGUCUAACAAACUGACUGCUGCACGAGGCAGCAAUUUGGGAACUGGGAAACUGCAGGAGUGAGCUCUUUGCAGCAGGAAAAAAAAAAAACAAUAAUGGAACCGAUUUGUGCAACGGAUUUAAUUGCCACCCACACUGACAGCAGAUCUGUACACGCACUUUCCUCUCUAUUAUGAUCUGUUUAAUGGAACGUGGGACCUCCCCUAAAACAGGUGCCUAGGGUGAGCAUACGUUUAGAAUGUAGGAGACACAUGCUUACGUUGGGCCUUGUUUUCACCUCUCUCCCCUAUUAGGGGGUUUAUUCCAACCUGAGUAGUAUGGCCCGCUCGCACUCCCUGGCCUUCAGAAGUUCAGCGCCUGGUGCACGGUGUUGGGGGGGGGAUCGGCACCCUCCACAUCAAAUAGGUACAGAGUAAACACUGGCACUCAAGGCAGGUUCAAGCAGGGAUGUACCCUUGUUUAUUUAUUUGCAAAUGUGCAAUGUUUCGGGGUUGUACCCCUUUGUCAAGCAAGGGUACAUCCCUGCUUGAACCUGCCGUGAAUGCCAGCGUUUACUCAGGGGACUCUCAGUGACACCAUUGGAGGGCUCUGCCAACACCUCUGCACCCCACGAGAUAGAUAUAUAUAUAUAUAUAUAUAUAUGCAUUCGGGGGGGGAUAGUAUGGCACUUACAGUACUUUUCAAUGUUUGUGAUUAUAACUCUGGGGGUCACUGCGUAUUCGGUUAUCAAGUAGCUGGGUCCUAGUAACCGACAAGUGCAGCUACUCACUGGGGGUCGUUGAUCAACACUGAGCAAAUUCACCCAUGGGCAGUAACCCAUGGCAACCAAUCGGAUUGCUGCAUUCAUUGUUCUACGUGCAGUUGGUUUUAAAAAGCUAAUCACUGAUUGGUUGCUAUAGAUAACUGCCCAUGGGCAAAUUUGCCCACUGCUGAUAAAUGAGCCCCAAUAUCUGAAGGCAGUUGGAUUUGUAGUCUAUUUAUAGCAGCUGGGGGUCUGGGUCUGUAUUUUGCACUUUGCCCCCUCCCUCUGUUUCAAUUACACCCUCUGGGCUCUUAAGAAGAAAGGAAAUCCAGGCAUUCAUCAGCAGCAAAUAUCUUAAUGUCCUGGGGUCCAAGCUGCCAUAUUGUUACUGUUGUUAUACAAUGAACUCCCAGUAUUUCAGCUCUCGGGGGGCUUCUGGCAAAUACCAUUGAUAUAAACAGCAGCCAAGGGUCAAUGUUACCUGUAUUAAAAGACAAUUUUGGCAACUGAAGUCCAUUAUUAGCCUCACCGUUCCCCUAAGUAAAUCCAGUAUCCCCAGAACUUCCCAAGGGCAGAACAGAACUGAUUCUCUGUAAUUCCUGCUCCUGGUUGUUCUCUUUCCAAUGGUCAGCUUAGGGCGGGGCUUGGUCUCAACCAGAAGUAACACUACAUUAUAUUCAGCUUCAACAUCGAAUACUCCGGUAUGGCUGGAGGUUUUGUCACGUGACCAAUAUCGAGGUCUCAAGUGAUAGGAGGGUGAUGGCCAGUAUAUGGCAUACUUGCUGUAAGAUAAAUGGGACCCUGAACUAGGGUUGCCACCUGACCGGUAUUUUACCAGCCUCGCCGGCAAAAACGAUGGUUGAUCCCAAUGUUAUUAAUAGGGAAAAAAGAUAAAUAUAUAGAAAGUUAUUUUUUUCCAGAAAAGGUGGCAACCCUACCCUGAACAAAUGUGAGGUUUAAUGGGGUUUAAACCCCAGAAGCCCUAGUUCAGUGCUGUGUGCCUGGUUCAUAGCUUACAGGAAGUUAUUGGUUCAUCCUUAAUGGGCCAGUAGCAGCAGGAUUAAAGGGUAAUAUUUGCAUCAGAAAAUCCCUGUACUGUUCCUUGUAGGGCUUUUGGGGAUGGGGCAUGAAUAAGAACACUCUUAGCUUCCAUUGGGCGUAAUGGACAGGGUGGGGCUUUUGUUUACACAUCAACAAAGAUGGCUGAACACAUCAGAGCUGAUAUGAAGCUCACUACUAAUAUGAGAAGGAUUUCUACUUGAAAGCCAGCACUUUUAUAUGGUCAGGACCAGACAAAGAAAAUCAGAUAUCCGUUAAAUUCUGGUGUUACUAACCCUUUAAUGGGAAAGCCUCACAUUGCCCCACUAGGUAUAUUUAUAUAUUGGAUUAGUGACAGCGCAGAUAGAUGGAGGUGUGUGGGUUAUAAUUAUAGAUACGCAUCGGUUCUACGGCACAUCGGCCAUUGUUGACAUGUCCGGAUUGAGAUUCAAAACAGGACCUGGUUUAUCAAAUAUACAGAGGCCCCUACAGGCCAAACAGAAUCUGCAGAAUUCCAGUCUGGGCCGGAUUGCUGAUAAUAGAGCAUGUUGCUCUUCCCCCCCCCCCGGUGUGAUUUCACCUGUUGGCAGAGAACACAUGUUCAAUUGGAAUGACAACAAGGUAUCUCCAUCCCACGCUGACGUGGAGGUCAUUGCUCUCAUCUCCAUUAGCCGUUGCGGGGCACCUCCUCGAGAGUACCAUUAAUUUCACUUUCUGCUUCAAUUGAUUUGACAUGUUUAUGUUGACAACAACUCCAGUCUGAGGUCAAUGCUCAUUAUCUGAGCCAUCAGUUAACACUCAGCCCGUGAUAUGGGGGUCUAGCUCAUUGUAAAACUGAUUUAAGGGCUUUUAUUGAGUAUUAUUGGUUAUUCUGUGCACUUAGAGCUUCCCCUUGUUGCUAAGGGCUGCGAAGAACAUGUCUGUAUCCCUUUCCCAUCUCAGGCCUCCAUUAUGGGCUUUGAUUGUAAUGGGUUUUUCUACACGCACUUUAAAUGAAAUUGUGUAUAAGCUAUGAGAAUAAAGUAGUUACUUGUAGGAUAUCUGCCCCUGUUUGUCUUCUUGAUACAAUUCCUGAACCUUCCACAAGGGAUUGUGUAUGUCUGUGCCAGUUCCACUCGCCAUUGAGCCUUUUGAACGAAAAUUCUUAUGGUGGAAUUUCAGAUCCUUUAUCAGAAGUUGGGGAACUUGCCAAUAGUUUGAUAACCUCUGCUUCUCAUCAACAGACAAAUAAAGAUUUAGUGCCAGGUGGGCAGAGACGGGGAUUUGCGUAACUGCUAACAUUCCACAUACAAAAGUGCUUUUGCCUUCCCAAAUUAUCUGUCCUUUCUUUUGGCAUCUGCAUAUGAGAUCUGUCAGUUGCAUGGCUGUUGUUGCCCAUCCUGGUUUCUUCAGUUGUACGAAGCUGUGAUUCACUAAACCAGGUUCGAUAGCAGAGUUGUCCGUUCAUUGAUAUUCCCAUUAAGACCAAUCUUAGGAAGUCCAUGGCAACUAAAAGACUCAAACUCAACUUUCAGAUAUUGUAGCGGCAUUGACUUGCUGAUCUGUUGGCAUCUUAAUGGGCCAAUCACUAAUUCAUUUAAUUUUGUUUUUCGCCUUGUCUCCUGUUGCCGAAAUGCACUAGAUAAGAUUUGCAUGUUUGUCCUUGGCCAUGCUCAAAAACGUCAUUCAUGGUUUUUCUCAUAGGUCAAAAUGAUUAAAAUAUUUCCAGUUUUGUUGGAUGGAAAGACUGAUCCUGCCGAUACAACAUUUCACUGCUUGUAAAUACCAGCAGCACAGUUUGCAUCUUUUCGGCGAGGCUUUCACCCCUUUCCUGGAAACAAUGGACCUUGUGUCUCAGCAAUGUGUGAUGUUUUACUUUGAUAAUUAAAUAAUUUCAGAUUCAGAAUUUUCUCUUGUACCUGCUGGGACAAGACUUUGCUAUGGCUGUCAAGCCAGUUUGUAACUUCAGAGCCAUUAAGGUAUCUGCAAGCUCCGCGACUCUAGAAGGAUCCCCAACCACUUUGAUUGUUGUCUCUUUGAGGGAUUUGGAACACCUCUGAUUUUCCAUCUCCUUGAGGUAUCUGCAACCUCUAUGGCUUGUUAUCUCUUUGAAGGAUUGGUUCUGUAGUUGUCUCCUUCCAUCUCUUUGAGUGGAUUGAGUAACUUUUUGAGACAUCUGUAACCUCUAUGGUUGUCCAUCUUUUUGAAGGCUCUUCAACCUCUAUUGUUGUCCAUCUGUUUGAGUGAUCUGCAAACUCUGCGGCUGCCCAGGUCUUUGAGGGAUCCAUAGCCUCUGCGGUUGUCCAUCUCUUUGAGAGAUCUUCACCUUCUGUGGUUGUUCAUCUCUUUGAGAGGUCUUCACCUUCUGUGGUUGUUCAUCUCUUUGAGGGAUCUGAAAACUCUGUGUUAAUAUUUAUAUCAGUUGUGUUGAUAUUAAUAAAUUGUGGCUUUCAAUCUCUGGGCUGGUUGGAAGUGCUCCAUGGAUUUGUAAUUUUCCCUGGUCAGUAUCUGAGUCCAUUUGCCACUUUUAUGCCCCUUAGGAUGGCAACAAUCCUACAUGAAUUAUGUUAUUUUUUUCAGUUAUUGUUACUUAUUGCAGUCUUGGUCAGAUUGCUGCAUUCAAGUCUGGACCCUGGCACAUUGUGUUCUCUCUAUUGAACAGCAUUUGCCUCAACAAAGUAUCAGUAGUGCAGGCUUUGCAGUCAGUUCCAACAGUGCAGGGCUUUCUUCUAAAUAGCUUAAAUAAUAAACUUGGUACUUUAGAAUACUGUAUAAUUCGCAAGACAGGGUAUUUUUGUAGUAUGGGACUAAGGACAAUGGCGUGUAGCAUUUUUGGAUGUUGCCUGAGUGUUUUGAGGCGCCACUAGUGGGUGACAGGUGGCUGGGAUAACGUGUGGUGCUCUUAUGGGUCAGCACUCGAAAACACAGCCUACUGAGAGUUUGAGUGGCAAGUCCACUGCACAGGGAAGGAAUGUUAUUCCUGAUGCUCUGUCUCCCACCAGUGGAACUUCUAAACACCCAGCUCAUCAAAAACCACUGCUAGUGCCACCGGCCUUACACAAUCUGAGUUGAACAGUCUCUCAAUCAGAUGCCUCUGGGUCUGUAGAUAAAUAAAUCUUGGACUGGGAGUGAUGUAAGAGCGCUCCAUAAAAGAAUGUCGGGUUAGGGUGGACUUUUGGGUGACUUUGGGUAUAUUUUCAGUUGAGAAGCUUUUCUCUGAAUAUUGAACCUUGCACCAGCUCUUCAUUGUAUUUUCAUUUGGGCAACGAGUCAUCCGUGUUCUUGGACAUGGAUGAGGCUUUAUCUCCUACUGUUUUCAGUUCCACAGAUAAAUGCUUACAGAAGAAGCUAAGUGAACAAGUUGUGUAUUUAUUUCCAUGGUGCAGAACUGUCACAUGACUAAUAUAUUUGCAGAUAUUUAAAUAAUAAGUAUGUACAUUUGUAAAGCCAGUGAUGUGAUUUUGCAAAUAAAGUUGUUUUGUGUUUCUAACUUUC